GCACUCCAGGACUCAGUAGCCUGAGAGCUGCACUGGGAUUCAGAAGAUGGAGAAUUUUCUUGCUCUUAAGAACAGCAUUAGUGACUCAUAGAGGCCCAGCACCAUGGACUUAGCAAUGGACAUGAGCAUUGCAAUUAUGUGUGGAGUGGGGCUCUUUAUCUUACUACUCCCCUUCCUGAAGGAGUACCCAGUGUCAUUACCACCUGAGAGUGAAAGAGACAUCCUAAAGGAUGUGAAGAGGGAGCAGAAGGAGACUGGGGCGAAAUCUGCUGCUGGAGAAGGUUAUAGAGAUGGAGGAAACACUAUGGAAGAGACCAAGACUCCAUCACGACUUAAGAAAAAUGUCACCAAGCAACAUGUUGAGGAAUCCACAGCAAAACAACUUUGGGACCCUACCCAGAAAUUGGAUCACCUUCCUCUUUCUCAGCUGUUGUUUCACCUCAAGGUCUUGGAGGACGUUAUACAGAACAAACUUAUUGAACUUUUCUGGGGCAUAUCCUUUAUUUUCUCUGAAUCAGUUGUGGCAACUGCCCAUGUCUUCAGAAAUCCGUUCUUGGGAAAACAUAAAUCUGUAAGGUUUAUUGGUACCUCUGGGCCUGCCCAAGCUCCACCCCAGGCUAAAGGACCACCACAGCAUUCCAGGUAUCAGCCAUUAUCUCACCAACCUGUGAAACCAAAAUUUGUCAGUGUGAAACCAGUCCAAGAAAAGGAAAUCCUCCCAAGCUCUACACCAAAGCAAAUAUCUCCUUGUUUGAAAUGCAGGACCUGUGCAGUGUCAUGUCCUACCACUGAGAGAAGGAUACAGGCUUCCCUACCAACUGAAUGCCUACUUCAGAAACAGGGAAUGUAUUCAAAAAUUCCCAAAAGUUAUGUUGACCCAAACCACCUAAAUCCCAUUAGGAAGUACACUGGGAACUUGCCCAGGGUCAGCCUGGAUACUAAGGCUAUCAGGCCUGCCUCCAUCCUUACUCAGCACUGUAGGAUGCUCCAGCACCAUAAGGAGCAACAGGCAACUACUGUGGGAGAACAACAGGGAACCCCCAUCAGAUUCCUCCCAUCCAGGAAACUGACCCAGCUUCAGGGACAAAGCCAUUAUUCCAACAGCAGGCCUCAACUCUCUCAGCCUGCCCAGCCCUCCUUCCCCAACCCAGAAAGCUGCAACUGUAGCAAAAAGAUGGGGCCUGUGCCCACGGGGCUGCCCUUACAGAACAUAAGGAACUCCGAUUUACAGAACAUCAUCAAGGAGGGCCUUUGUAUUGGGGCAAAAAAGGUGGCUGGCCUUUUAUGCAGCACUUCUGGGAAUGGGCUGAAACUCAGGAACACUGCACUGAGGACAGACAAACUGUCUGACCUAAGUCUUGCUGAGCAUCCUUCCCCUCUUAACUCAAAGACAGAAAGGAAGCUGGCAUCAGACAGCAUAGACCCUCCAGGAAGGGACAGAAGGAGACCAUAUUCGCCCAUGCUUGAGGCAAGGGAUGUCAUGCCACCUGGACUUCCUUACUCAAACCUCCCCCAGGCUGUGUGUCCUUCUUCCUCACUCUAUAAGAAGACUGCCCCAGUCUUGGGAAAUUUGCAUCACAGAGAUCCAGGAGGGACAUUGUUAGAAAGUGCACCAGCUGAUAGGAAAAAAAGUGCUGUGUUUAUGGAUUGGAUUCCAGAGGUUCCAAAAACCAAAACAACCCCUCCACCUGCUGCCAGCCAUGAAGCCUCAAAGGCCCAUCCAGACCCAUGUCAGAGAUACCUUAAUGUACAUCGACCUGCUUUUUAUUUCCAGGUCGAAAAUCCCCAGCAGACCAGGACUAUCCGAGGCACUGGAAAAGGCAGCCUGCAACCAUGUACCCCAGCUCCCACAAGCCAGGGAGAAAGGCUUGGGAGAGUAAAGCCUUCUAUCUCGCCCUCCACACAGCUCAAGGAUAUAACAAAGACUUGCAUAACAGGAAAAGGGGAGAGUACUUCUAAGAGUUCUUGGAAGAACAUUCCAAGGAAUGAUUUCAGAGAUAGAAACCACAGCACGACACACAGUGAGACAAGAGAUAAGCUUAAAAAUGUUCACCCUCCAGCAAGUAAUGACCAGACACAGAAAUUCGUAAAAAAAACCCUCAUAAUAAAUAAUAUGUUAGCUGACUUGCAAUCCCUUGCCAAUGUUUUAUUCCAGAUGUUGGAGGACACCAAAGAAGACCCAUCAAAAAGAGAAGGGUGUAAAGAGGAAUCACUGAUGUUCCAGCAGGGUGACUCAUCCCAGUCUUCUGAGAGUCUGCAUAACACAAAUCAUAGCAGAGGUGAAACCAGAAUGAGCUGUGGCCAUGCCAACCCCAAGAUGCAUUACCAGCUCCCCAUCCCCAAGGGGAAAGAACUUCCAUGUGGGUACAGGGGAAUCUUGGACAAGCAGGAGCCAGGUCUUGUAGACCUGAGAGCCUGUGGUGCAGGUAAAAUUAGACCAAAAGUAGGAAUGACCCACUGUCAACAUAGGAGCCCUGAGGGGCACAAGCAAUCAUUGCGAAACAGAGAAAUUGGCAACAAACAGCAGCCAGGUGUUGACCAUACAGCUUUUGAUCCACAUCAAAGUACAACAAAAGGAAUGGGCUGUGGCUGCUUUCUGAGUCCGGAAAAGAACCAUCCUGUCAAGCACUUGGGAAAUGACUACUUCUGGUCUUCAGCUGUUGCCCAGUGAGCUUCUGAUCCCAGGUAGAAAUUACCAGAAUAGGUCAUGGGGCAGGUGGCUCAGACCAUCCUUGCAUUCCCACAGCAGGACUUUCUAGAACAAGUCUCAUCUGCCCAGACAUGUUUCCCCCAUGCCUCCUGGUAAUAAACUUGUUUAUUUUCCUAC